UUGCGCUUAUUGUCUACUUUAAGCUCUCUUUGAAAAUAAAAGCGAUAUUUUCGAACGUCUAAUAGUAACCUUGACUCACUUCGGUUUAUAAGGGGUAGUAUAUAACCCAUCUGUUUAUUUAGCUGAUGGUGCGGGAGGUGUCCAAUGGGCUGCAUGGCGAGCUCUCAGAGGAUUGACGUUACGGCCCCUGUAGGUUGUUAAUUACGUGCAGUGAAACACAGAACCUUUCUGCGUACUCUCGACGCGAUGUGACGAAAAUUAAGUUUAAAAUAUUAAAUUAUAUAUAUUGAAUUUAUAAAUUUUCAAUUUAAUUUAAUUAUUCCAUAGCUCUAGCAGUCCGCCCGCGAACGUUUACGACGCAAAAUUGUUCUUUUUGAAAAUUUGUAUGAUUGUUUAAUAUGACAUUUUUCAGCAAAUCUAAAUAAAUACUUUUUGAGAAACAUAAGUUAAUAUCACAUCAAAAUAACCCUAAUAGAGAAAUAAUAUUUAAUUGCGUCAGGUAUCAUGGCAAGAGGCACACAAAGGUGAAACAGUGGUCUCAGCAAUAGUGAGGCUGGAUCAUGAAAUAGCUAAGAGUGAGAAACCUCACCCCAUAGCGAGGUUGGCCGUUGUCGCAGCCGAAAUGGACAGCAUACAGCAGGAAAUCAACACAUUCGAAGAAACUACCAGACCUAUAAUAACACAAGAAACAUAUGCCAAAACUAUUCAUCAACUGUUCGUCAGUUUAGAUCUAUAUAGACGUCCACUGUUGGCUUCCGAAAAUGAGGACUUUGUGGCAAACGUUAAUCGUAAGGAAAUGCGUCGACUGGAGUUGUGCUGGUUGCAAACGAGACAAAACGAGCUGCAGUCCGAAAGGCGAAUUCUUCACGCUCAGAUUCUGCGGACACGUUCCUUGUACGCUCAGCUGCAGCAGCUUAUGGACACCCUAUGGGGCAACCGCACUCGUCCUGGGACUCCACUAGAAGGCGCGCUGACCAGAGCGCGUGGUCUGCGGGACGCCCUGGCUUCAGUCAGCGCCCGACUCCGAGCAGCUGCGGAGUAUGCUCACGCCGCGGUGAGAUUGUUGGAUGACGCGCUACCUGCUUGGAAGAUGACUACUGUGGGCAAGAGUGGAUGGGAGCGCACGUCAGCCUGCGCAGACGCUUGUCGCCUGCUGGUCCAGGCGCGAUGUCUGGAGCGAGGCGCGCGCAGAGUACUGGCUGCUCCCGCGGCACCCAGGGCUGCCCGGACCUUGAGACUGGCCCUGGACUACGCAUUCACUGAUGCCCUACAUGAUCAUAAGUGUCAGAGGGCUACAGAAAUAUUUUUACAAUUUAAAGAAGCAUUAGUUCAGCUUAUCGAUUCAAUUCAUAAGGUGCUGCUAAAUAACCUGGAGAACUUGUCGGUGGCGGAGGCCGACGUGCUAAAGUACCAGAAGGAGCUCCGUGCGACGAGGGUCAACGCUGUGGUCCAGAAGGGGCUGGGAGACUUGAAGUACGAGCCCAGAGCGCUCACAAAUUUGAAGACUCAGGUCAAAUGACAGGAUUUCUUUGAUUAAAAAGGAAUGGAUCACUGAGGCUUCAGUGAGAAAUAAAGAUAAUUUUCAAUGAACUAGCUAACAUUAACGCUGCUCAUAAUAGACAAAAAUUGCAAAUAGCAUGUAGGUAUUGUCUUGUCAA